AUGUCUUGUCCCAUCCCUGCUGGAUUCCAUGCUUUGCCGCUGCCGAUCGUGCAGUUGUCCCUUGCUGCAGUCCUGAAAUGUGGCCAGUCGUUUCGCUGGUCUGUGUUUCCUCUGUCUCCUACACCCCUACCACUCUCGUACCCUUCCCAUGAAUAUCGGUUCUGCCUCAAGGACCGUGUGGUCUGUCUCAGACAGUCCCCCGACACCUUGUACUAUCGCACCAUCCUUCCACCUCAAAAGGAUGGGAACGACGAUUCAAGUAGCGAAGAGAAAGCACAACAGGAGACUUUGGCCUGGAUUCGGGACUACUUCCAGUUGGACGUGGAUUUAGUCGCGCUGUAUAACAGCUGGGCAGACAGGGACCCUGUUUUCCGGAAGUUCCGGGACCGAUUUGAGGGUAUACGGAUGCUGAGACAGGAUCCCUGGGAGAACCUUAUUUCAUUCAUAUGCUCGUCAAACAAUAAUAUAGUGCGGAUAACCAAGAUGAUCACGUCCUUAUGCGAUCGUUUCUCUCCCCGUCUUCUAAGCUUGCCUCCUCCCGACCCGUACCCCGCCUCCGUCAGCCCCCUUUCCCCUCCAGCAACUCCAUCGCGCACACCUUCCCCGCCUUUCUCUUCCGAUGUGCUGACUGCGCCAAAUGGUGAUGACCUCCGUGCAUACCACCCCUUCCCUUCUCCUUCUGCACUUGCCUCAUCCUCGGUGGCGGCGACAUUACGCACUUUGGGCUUCGGAUACCGUGCCGAAUAUGUGCAGAAGACCGCGCAGAUGCUCGUUGGAGGACAUUUCUUAGACAGUGGGAAUAGCGCCACGCCGGAUGAAUGGCUGAGAACACUUCGUGAUAUGCCAACUACUGAAGCAAGGGACGCCUUGUUACGCUUCAUGGGUGUUGGCCGGAAGGUCGCUGAUUGUGUGCUGCUCAUGAGCUUAGACAAGAAUGAGGUUGUACCUGUGGACACUCAUGUGCACCACAUUGCGAUGAAGCAUUAUGGCGUCGGAUCGUCCAAGGGUAAAUCAAGCGGGAAGAUACCCAUAACACCGAAGAUUUACGAUGAAGUAAAUGCGAAGCUCGCUCAGGUCUGGGGUGACUACGCGGGAUGGGCUCAUUCUGUUCUGUUCACAGCCGACUUAAAAUCGUUCUCCACCUACGGACUCGAGGCGCCUCUCACAUCCGCGUCUGCUCCUUCCGCAGCGCUUCUCGGUCUCCCGACACUUCCUUUGACACCUUCUCCGUCCCAGGAGAAAGCCAGUCGAAAGUGUAGCAGAAGAGCCGCAAUCCAGACUGCUCGGGCUCAGGAUGCGGUCGCCCGUGCUACUACUGAUGACGAAGUUGCGAAUGAGCAGGCACCGUAUGACCUCAGUUGCAGCCUCGCAGAAAGGGUAAAGAAGAGGCGUCGAACUGCUGCCCCGGACAUACGAUAGCCAUCCUUGCCUCGUCACAGUUCUCUCUGCGCUGUUGAUAUCAUUGUGAUCGUGGUUUAUACUUGUGAAUUAUUUGACCAUGACUGCCAGUCCCCAGAUGCUGC